UAUUUUUAAAAGUUAAACCAAAUCUUUAAUCAAAUCCCAUUUUCCCCACAAUCCCAAGUUUUCUCUGAUAACUUAUCGGCAUUAGAAACUUCGAUACCAUCGAUCGCGCCGCGCGCGCAACGCCUCCCACCAUUCGCCAGUCUUUCGCUACCAUCCGCUUGUGGCGCGCGUCAACCACGUUCAAAUUACGAACGUUCGAAAACAAAACACGAUAGCGUUCCAAUUUUAAAUUUUAUAAAAGUGCGUUUAAAAAAACAGUGCAAUGUGCCAGUGUUUUGAUAAAGCGUGAUAAUCAAAAAGUUGCGAGUGAAAAUGUGACUGUGAGUGUCUGAGUACUGUUUGUAGUUAAGAUGCGGGAGUUUUUGAGGAUUGUUUUGGUGUGUGCGUGCGCAUUGCUUUUGACGGUAUGUUGUGAGGACAGUGAGGAACUGGAUUCGAGGGGCGAGAAGGAUGACAAAGGUCUCCCAACAGGCACCCGUCGCACGACGACGCAGAGCAGCGUCAACGCGACACGAGACCAGCAGCUACACGCCGUGCUGGCCGCGCGUCGGCGACAGCUGCUCAACGGGCGGCUCGCGACCCACAUCAACAACUUAGCCAACAUUGCUAAUAAGCCGCAUAAGAGUAACACAACAUUCCUCCAGAUAGAAGUCCGAGACUCAAACAGCUCCAUAAUCAAGAGGAUAACGUUCGACAACUCAAGCAACGAAGCGGCUCCCAGCCUUCGGCUCACGACGACCGACGGCAUACGGGAGAUCAAACAAGAUCUCAAACCCCAUGAGAUCAGACAUCUGUUCGUGCCCAAAGUCUACCAGGAAAACCGAAGUCGAGCAGGUUUUCUAAACAACAGGAGAAAUAAAACACAAGGGCCUUCCACAGAAAAUGGAAUAAUAUACGUUCCACCAGAAAAACUUGAAGGACUGGAUAAAGAGGUAGAUUUGGAGCCAGAUGAAGAGUUUCAAGUUGAUGAAUCUAAUCAUGGUUUAUAUUUGCUCAACUAUUCAGACACUGAUAAUGUCACACAAGUUCCAGUUUUAAAUGAAACUGUUACUACGAAUGAAGUUAAUGUAAGCAGUACUGUUAAAAUUGAAACGACAACACUUACGAGUAAUGUUACUAUUAACGUUUCAACAGAAGCACCAAAUGUUCAUGUACAUAAAAAAGAUGAACAAAUUGAAGAUAUUAUUGCUAAUAGUACUGAUAUGAAAAACACAAAGCUUUUAAAACUGGAGAACGAAAAAGAUAAAAGAAAUGAUACUCAGUUCAUGUCAGAAGAAAUUUAUAAUCAUUUUAGACCACUUGAAUCUGAAUUACCAGUUGAAGACAUGACGCCUUUUAUUAAUUUCGGCCAAAAGAUAGCCGGUCAAAUUAUCAACGAUAAUCUAACAGACUCACCAUCAUUAUCGGCAUCAACCAAGUCGGUAAAUUUCAUCGUUGCUGCCCCGGAACGACGGAAGUUUAAUUCUAGAUAUUCUGCCACUGAAAAGUAUAAGAACACUAGUGUUGAUGAAGAAGAGUUGAAUGAAGAAAUGGAUGUCUCUGUAGUUAAGAAUACAAUUGAAAAGAAUAAGAUCAGAAACACUGUAAAAGGACCAGCUCCUCAGCGUCAUGUGGGAUUAGUUAAUGCUUACAGAAAACAUACUACGUCAUCCACAUCCAAGCCUCCAAAUAUUGCUCAACUUAAUGUUACUGAACCGAUAAUAAUAAAUGUGACACCUAGUUCUGUAGACAAAAGCAGUAAUACGACAAAUACCACUGUCAAUAAAGAAAAUAUCAAUACAAAUACCACUGUCAAAGAAAAUGUUUCGAGUAAAACCAAUGGAACUUUAAUACCGAGGAAUUACACAAGAAGUUACUAUAAUUUACGACGUCGCCCCGCUAGAGUCACAACAGUUUCAAGUACUGAGAACAUAUUACCCGUUGUAGUCGUAAACACAACAACAGAAAAAGCUUCAACGGUUUAUACGGCUGUGGUUACUUCUGUGUCAAUAACAUCUUCCAUGAAAGGGCAGAACAAAACUGACAUCAAAGACGGUGACAAUAGUACAGUUAUCGAGACAAUUGUGCCUAAGGAAAAUGAUACCACGCCAAAAGUCUUUCUCAUCAAUGUUACUGAGACAACGCCCAUACCACCACCUUCUUCUAGGGUACCAUAUAAACACAGAAUAAGAAUACGAACAACAACUACGGAAAGUAGUGUCCAGUCCAGCCCAGCCGUUUAUAUGCAUCGAGCAUAUGAAGACAAUGACGUCACAACGAAAGUUUCAGAUCUCAAAAACGAAGCGACAACUUCCAGGAUAUCUGAACGACUAGCCAAUCUGUUUAGGCAAAAUGAAUAUGAAAACAAUAAUAACGGAAGUACAAUUAGACCGAAAAAUAUUCUAAGAAGACGAAGGCCAACGACAACUACUACUCCUGCUCCAGUAUCUAGUAUUCGACCUUCAUUUUUGACUACAAUUUCGACUACGACUGAGCUGCCAACAAGUCCCGUCACAACGGCGGACACUUCGACAGCUACUGAAACAAGUAUACGACCAUUGAUAGUCACUUCAAGGACAUCAUCGCAAUCUAGUUAUAAACCAACAGUUACACCAGACACAUCAACGGAAAAAGAAGAAAAUAUUACUUCAGUUGAUUCGGUGGAAGAUGGAAAAGCUACGUCUGAUAAUGAAGUAGUUAUAGAACCUGAAAAGACGUAUACAGCAUCGUAUGUCUUAGCUGGAUUAGGUUUCCUGCCUGUGGCGGGUAUAGUUGUAUUUGUUUUAAGAAAUAUUUUAAAUAAGAAGACCAAAGAGAUAGAGACGGAGUACGAGGGUUACUUCGAUGAUGAUGAGGUGAAGAAGGAGUCUCCUAUAACGCCCGUGGCGCGGCCACCGCUGCCAAUGCCGACCAAGCCGGACAAUAAGUGGGAGUUCCCGAGAAACAAGUUGAGGCUACAAACUUUAUUGGGUCAAGGGAACUUUGGACAGGUAUGGAAAGCCGAAGCCGACGACCUGAACGGCCACGACGGGCUGACGCGGCUGGUGGCCGUGAAGAGCAUCAAGGAGUCCGCCUCGCAGAAGGAGAAGCAGGAGCUGCUGCACGAGAUCUACAUCAUGCAGAAGAUCGGGACGCAUCCGAAUGUCGUCACGCUGCUCGCUUGCUGCACUGAACAUGAGCCCUACCUUCUCAUAAUGGAAUACGUGAUGUGCGGCAAGCUCCUCACAUAUCUGCGCGAGCGGCGCUCCAGACCCGACCGAUUCAGCGGCAGCGGGGCGUUGACUUCACGAGAUCUUACUGUGUUCGCCUACUGCGUGGCACGAGGGAUGGACUAUAUCGCUUCUAAGGGGAUUGUCCACCGCGACCUAGCCGCCCGCAACGUGCUGGUCGACCACAACAAGCUGUGCAAGAUCGCCGACUUCGGCAUGUCGCGCGCGGCCGGCGGCGCCUCACGUAAUCGAGGGGCGUUACCUGUCAGAUGGAUGGCCCCUGAAGCGUUGCUGUACAAUGUGUACAGUCAUUCGACGGAUGUGUGGGCUUUCGGGAUUACGCUGUGGGAGAUCGUCACGCUUGGUUCCACACCAUACGCGGCGAUGUCCGGGCGCGAGGUGCUGACGGCCGUGACGGAGGGCUACCGGCUCGAGCGCCCCCCGCACUGCAAGCCGCAGCUCUACCGCGCCAUGCACUCCUGCUGGCACGCCGACCCCUCCCAGCGGCCCACUUUCGGGGCCCUUAAGUCACAACUAGCCGAGCUCCUAGACAAUGAGCCGUCUGAAGGGAAUUAUGUGGACUUGGACUCGUUUUAUCAGGAGUCGUCGGUGUACAGCGAUCCCUCGGCCAUUAUACAUGACGAUGAGGGGCUGUCUGCGGAGUAUGAUCGGGAGAGACGAUGUUUUAGAGAACUUACCAAAGGCCCCACGAAAUACGACAACCACUUCAACUUCCGCGAAAGAAACGAAGAUCUCCUUAACAAAUUCGGGGGCACACCGAGAAUGGGAGGUUUCGGCAUCCGAGACGUCCCCUUCAACGACAGAAAUUUCUCCGACGGCGAAUUCAACGAGCGCACCUUCACCGACAAAAAUUUCACCGAUAAAAGCUUCACCGACAAAAAUUUCACCGACACCAACUUCACCGAACGAAAGGAAAAACUGUCCACGUCGAGCUUCCACAAAGAACGGGAGGGCAGAGAGAGCAAUUUGGUCAGUAGGAAUAGUUUUAGUGGGUUCCCUAGGAUAGGUACGAGGGAUGGCCAUUUUCAAAUGAUGCCUGAUGGGAGGAAUAAAAGGGUUUCGGAGUUUGAAUGUGACAUCUGAAGAUACGGUAUAGUCGAAGGAGAAUUCAGAAAUCAAUCUGCAGCUGGUGCUUGUUUUAUGAAAUCUUGUAACUUGUUAUACUUUUAUUAUAAAACAGGUGUCAGGUAGUUGGAAGGUGCUAAUGAAUUUUUUUAAAGCUUGCUUUAAAGCUACGAUAACGAUUUCAUCGUUCUCCAUAACUAUAAUUGAGUCAAUGUAGAAUGUCUUAUUUCUGACUUUUACGCACUCGAAUGAGUCUUUAGAAAUUGACUGAAUCUUUGUAUUUCUAGUAUCUUUAGGAAGGUUUAGUGACUUUGCCAAAAGUUUGCACUGAUUUAAUGUUUUUAACACAUUUUUAGCACAAGUGUGGACUCGUGAUAAUUUUAUUUUUAAGUUUCAAUUUCAAUUAAAUUGGUUGAAAUUAUGUAACUUGAAAUGUGUUGAUUUUGUAAAUAGAUUAAUUUAUAGAAUUUUGUAUGUGUGUUUGUGUUAAUUGGUGUUUUUUUGUAAAUAAAUUGUAUAAAUAAGAAGUUAGAAUGACAAACAAAAGAACUGCAUCUUAUUUUGUAGAUUUAUAUAAACACAGUGAUUAAAAUGUACGUUACUGUUUAAAUGAUAAAAGUAUAAAAAAUAAAAGAGUUAUGUAAAAUAUUAUUGCACUUAUGUUAAAGUUGGAUCACAACGGUGCUAAAUAUAUUAGGUUUUCUUUUUAAGUAGAUUUCUUUACAAAACGAAUAUGAAAACAUCCAGUAACUG